CGACAAUUUCCUUCGGCCCUUGCAUUACGCGUAUCAGAUAUACAGUAUCAACACUUGACCACAGCCUGGUGGCGUGACUGAUAAGACGAGUGCCAAAUUACACCUGACAAGCAACACUCCUUUCGCCUGAAAUAUUAGCAACUGUGCAUGAUCUUCGACUUUGUUUCACACAGAUCCUGCCCCGCGAGGGGACACCCCGUAACCAGAGAUCUUCGCCUACACACCACGCAGAUGAUGCAGCCUGUCACUCACACGACAAGCUUGAUACCUAAGUCUCACUUGCCGACCCGAGUCGAGACACUCGGACACACUAGAGAUCAUUGAUGUGCCGCCCACCGACAACAGCCACGAACUAAAUCUCCAAUCUCGGGCAAAAAUACGGUAUCAUGCACGAAUUUGCCCUAUAUGGCCAGGUCAGCAAAGAUGCUUACCACCAAGUACUCCAACAGCUUGCUGGCUAUACACGCAUGCAGCCACAGAGUGUUGUAGAGAUCCACUUGGUUUUCAAAGCUCGUUCACCACCGGGGCUGGAUAACAUCCCAUCGGCUGGUGGAUCGCAGGGCAUUAUGCAACCAGAGGUCCAGAAGAUCAGGGCUAUGCUCAAUGGGAGCCUCUACUAUGUUCAAUUGGUCGGUGAGGUAACGCUGGACGCUACCAAGAGUCAACCUGAUGGCGAUGUGACCAUGACAGCUAGUGAGAAUGGUAACUCUACCCCUAGCGAAUCUGAAAUCAAAUGGACAUUCGAGUUCAAAGACACCCCGGAACCAGGAAAGCAGGCAGUCAGCACCAGACUAAUUCACAGAGUACCUUUCGAACAUGGAAACUUCAUGCAGUUUCUGAAUGCUUUUGGCUAUGAUUAUGUCUCCCGAUAUCUGGUGGUGGGCUCGAACUUUUACGAUCUGGACACUACCCUUUCCGUGCACAAAGUGGUCAUGCUCCCUCAAACGACUUCAGAGAAUGCAGUUAAUGACACGGCAUUUCUCUCGGAUAUUUCGAAGCUGACAGAUGUCGAUAAAUCUGGUGGUUACCUGAUGCAGGCCAGCAUUGAGGUGAUUGAUGGUAACAACCCUGAACUCAAAGAGAGGGGCACCAGGCAGUUGUUGGCACACAAGGAAGCAUUGAAGCAGGCAGUAGACUUGACACCAGGCGAUAGAUUGGCCUUGGACUCUCGUGUGCCUGUGACGGGGCGUAGAUAG